CGAAAUUUGCGAAAAGUCUCCUAAAAAACGCCAAAUUCGGGCGUUUUCAAUCAUUUUGCUUCAACCGAUUUCUUAGUAGUGAAGCGCAAAAUGAAGAUGUUAAAGUAAGGUACCUUGAGGGUGAAAAUGAAGGUGUGGUGGUCUUUGGCCUCAACCGACCACAGGCGAAGAAUGCAUUCAGCAGAAACAUGGUUUACAUGCUUUCUGAAGCGACGCAGGCGAUCAGAUUCGACAAGAAUGUGAAAGUUUUAAUCAUAAAAAGUGAAUGUCCAGGAAUCUUCUGCGCAGGCGCUGAUCUCAAAGAGAGGGUGAAGAUGACUCAGGCCGAGGUUGGACCGUUUGUUGCAAAGUUACGAUCCACGGUAUCGGACCUGUGUAACCUCCCGAUGCCUGUGAUAGCCGCGAUGGACGGCAUUGCACUUGGUGGUGGCCUGGAGAUGGCGCUAGCCUGUGAUAUCAGAAUAGCAGCGAGUUCGGCUAAGAUGGGUCUGGUAGAAACCAGGCUGGCAAUAAUACCUGGAGGAGGUGGCACCCAACGCCUCCCCAGGCUGGUUGGUCCCGCCAUCGCCAAAGAGCUCAUGUUCACGGCCCGCGUUAUAGACGGAGCCGAGGCUGCACGUAUCAACCUCGUCAACCAAGCCGUGGAGCAGAAUGAUGAGCGUGAUGCUGCGUAUCAACGAUCACUGGAAUUAGCGAGAGAAAUCACACCACAGGGGCCAAUCGCAGUUCAAAUGGCUAAGAUUGCUAUAGACAGAGGUGUUGAAGUGGACCUUGCGUCUGGAUUGAAAUUCGAGGAAGCUUGUUAUGCUCAGGUCAUCCCAACAAAGGACCGAACGGAAGGUCUCCUAGCUUUUAAGGAAAAACGACCACCGAAAUACAGAGGAGAAUGAAAUAAGCCGUCCUAAUCAUGGUAAACAUGGAUGACUGAUUCUUAGAUCAUGGAUUCUGAGGAAAGAUAGUGAAACAGUCUGUGUUCUGAUUCAUGGAGAGGAAUAAAAGGGAGACUAAAAACAAGAGAUUGAAUACUUGGCCUGGGAAUGCCGAGAUAAUGAAAGACUUUCAGUUCAUUGAGAACCGAACACUUUGAAACAGUCUCUAAAUGGGUUAUUUAUUGAACUUUGAAUUAGUGUGCUGUGGAGUUGGAUAAGAACACAUUUGUGUGCUGGUGUGAAAAUGCCAUGUUCUUAGAACUAUACGCCAAAUGGGUGAAGUACUUGUAGUAUGAGAAUUUCAAUGAUAUUGAAUACAAUGAACUUGAAGUAUGAGAAUUUCAAUGAUAUUGAAUACAAUGAACUUGAAGUAUGAGAAUUUCAAUGAUAUUGGAUACAAUGACAAUGACGUUAAAAAGUCUUUAUGAUUUCAUUGAAUGCAAUAAAAGCUCUUGAUUUGAAGUCUUGUUGGAAAUCAUUACGAAUCUUACCAACUGAAAAAUGGCGCCAUCUUCUAUAAAUGCUGUCAGGGUUGAAUACGGAUCAUCAAACAGAUGAAUCUAAUAUUAAAGGAGUUAUCUGAUUAAAUACAGAUUUUACAA